GUGAGACCUAGAAUCAAAAUGGCGGCGGGAAAGUUGAAGUCAGUUUGUUGCUCUCGAGAAAAAGAGGUCACGAUUCCAGACUAAAGAUCGCUACACUAUCGACUUAACUAUAAUGCAGUGAUGUAGUGGACCCUGCUUUUUACUGCAACAUGCGCUCAAUCGGUGUAGGGGGAGCUUGGACGCUCCAAAUCGCAGCCGCAGUGGCCGGUACAGCGGCCUUGGUCAAGUGUGUGACCUACCUGCUCCGGAGAAGAGUGGAGCGGAUCUGGAACGAGAAGCUGAAGGUGGAAGACAAGAUUCGGCUAGAAGACCUUGGAAUUCUAGCACGAUCGCCCAGCGCCAACCUGCGACGUGCCGCUGAACAAGUGCUACUGGACAAGAUUACGCAAGCUAACCAUUUUACGUAUGUGCUAAGAAGAUGCCAGCACAAGGACAUAAAGGAAAGUUUCAAGGCUUGUACAGUACUAUGUGUUGUACUAAAAAGCAUGGAUAUUGCCCCCAAGUACCAUGUGCAGAUCCUACAGACACUGGCGUACUGUUUCCUGAAGUCCAGCAGUGGCCACAGGGGAGGAGUUGCCAUGGAUACAGAUGGUUCCUCUGUCCAUACUAGGAUACAGAGGAUGACUGCGGGAGCCAUGUUUGAGCUCAUCGCAGACAGUGAUGAGUACAAGAAGUUUUUGACCCAGGAAUGUCCAGGCCUACUCAACAGUAUGGUGUACACCCUGGGGUACUCCCAAAGCAGGGAUGUUGUCCGCUACUGCCUCUUCUUCUUACACCAGCUGGCACUCAACACAUCACUGCAAAUAAUGUUGACUAAUGAGGGAGCAGUCAGCACAGUGUCAGAGGUGGUGGUGAAAUAUCAUGGGGACAGUGGUUUACAGACAAUCUACAGUAUCCAGGUACUGAAGGAGAUUGCUCGUCACAACGUGGUCCUGUACGCUGUAGGGUCUGUCAGAGCAGAAGACCCAGAGCUGGUGUACUGGGCUGUGGCAGUCAUCCAUGAGUUUGCUAUCAAUGACCUGUACAAGGAGACCAUCUGCUCCAUCCCUCGGCUGCUGUACUCCCUUCAGAAGGUCCUGGCUGCCAGUGAAGCCAACCUGCAGAGGCUGGUCCUCAGGGUCAUCUGUUUCCUCUGUCUGCACAAUGAUGAUUUCAAGAAGAAAGUUUUAAGCAACGGGAACAUCAGUGAGCGUCUGUCUGUGUGCCUGUCCAGUGGAGACAAGGAUGUUGUGCACUGGGCCCUGGUACUCACUCAUGACCUGGCCAUGAUUGGUAAGUCCGCCGUGGCCCAGCUGGUGGAGAGCAGUCCAGGUCUCCUCAGCAGCCUGAAGCCGCUGGUGAAACACAAAGACGUGACCAUCGUCAGGCUCCUGGCAGAGACCAUGGGCUUCUUCUGUUCAUGUGAACACCUUCAUCUUGAAGUAGUGGAAGCAGGCAUCCUGGACACCAUCUUGUUGUUCUCCCAGACAUCUGACCCUGAUCUGACCUUCUGGGCUGCUGCUUUACUUCUGAACCUGGCCAUGACCUCAGAUGUGGUGAAGGUUGCCAUACUGAAGUCAGUGACCCAUUGAAUGUCCAGCUUGCUUGCAACUCAGAAACAACCACCAUCAGCAUCUACAACAAACCCCACCAUGUUUACAGGAAAGGGCUGAAUGUAUUGGUGUAUGACACCUUACAAAGUGAAGAGAUUAUCUACCAGACAUUUUCCCUGGAGGAGCUGGAGGAUGUGAGUCUGGAGGGGGAUAUUGAGAUCCCCUGUCUGUCCUCCAUCCACCACAACUGGGAGGGGCACCUGGCCUUCAUCAUCAUCUGGGGCAAACACAACCAGCUCUACCUCUCUGGCCUGAAGCCACACAUCGAGAGCAGUAACUUUGAUGAGCUGAGUACAGAGGACCUGUUGCCAGGGCAACACUGUGUGCUGGUGGCGGAGAUCCAGCAGGAGGGAAGGCUGCACUUCAUCGCUGUGGAGAAGAAAAUGCCUCCGUUUUCAUUCAACAUCGAGAUUUCCUAUGCACACCUUGUAAACAGAAGAGUGAAGAAGAUGGCAUUGGACCCAACAUUAAAACUGCUCCUGUCAACUCCGCCCACCAGUAACAUCAGCAAAGUCUCUGAACUUGAGCUGCUUGAAAUCUUGGCCCGUCAUGAGGAGUUCCAAGAUGUUAUCAUCUGCAGGGAAGGCUUCCUGGACUAUCUAGCUGUGACUGUGUGGGACUUUACUGAGAAGUCCCUGGAGGAGCUUCAGUCCAAGCCUUUGGCUGUGGCCCACUGCCUAGGUGCACUGAAAGUGUUAGCAGCCUUGUCUGUGCAUGAGUGCAGCAGGAAGACACUUGUUCUGCAUGAGGUGAUCAGUGCCAUUGUCUCUCUGAUCUUCAACAUCACCGGGCUCUGGAUCCAGGAAACUGUCAACCUGGGGCUGAUGCCAUCAUCACUGAGCAGAGACACAAGUGAGCAGUCCUCAGGACCAGAGAACUCACCGCCCCUGUUUCUGAGAUGUCCCAAGCCUCCUCUUGCUUCCAACCAAUCAGAUUAUCAAAAAACUAACAGUGGUCUUAUCCAAUCGCCAUUCAGUGACGUGUUUGUACCAGAAUCUAUGCAACCGCCCCGAUCGGGACCAAUAGUCAGAGUCAGAAGUACAGAGCAUUCCCUCCAACCAAUCAACCUGGAAGGUCGCUUCAACAACCAAUCACAGGGUGAGACGCCAUAUCAUACAACCAAUGGGGAAGCUGCUCAGGAACCGUCAGCUGAUGAAUGCAUGGUUACCAGAGUGGGUCAUGGAGGAAUACAGUCUCCCAGGACUGGUCCUCAUCCUGUGCUGAUGAAACAGCUCACACCCAGAAGUGCCAAGACUCUGUCUUCUGUGGACCAGUGUUUCAUCGAGAGGAUGUCAGGAGGAGAUGACACAGAGGAAGGGCUCACACAUGGCAGUGUUACUAUCGGAGAAGAUUUUCACAAGAUCUUCCAAAGCCUAAUCCAGUAUUCCAUCCUGGUGUUGAGUAAUUGCUGUGGAACACGUGAUGUGGACACGUGGCAGCUGGCGAACAUGGCGCUGACCCAGUCUGGAGCCCUGCACAUGGCCUGGUGCGCCCUCUCCUCCUGCCAUAGGAAGCUGAGGUACAGUCUCAGGCUGCCGGUGGCUUCUUUGGUGACAAGGCUAGCCUCGGGCCCUCUUGGGAAAAGCAGCAGUACUGCAGCUGUGGUGCUGAACCCAUCUGACUGCACCUCAGCACUCAUGCUCAGUUCAAACCUGCUGGAGGCUCGUAAUGACAGCUGGACGUUUGAGAGUAUACGAGCCACCCAACCAGUGAACAGGCCAUGGGAGAGUGCCCAGCCUUCCGGGUGGUACUAUGAGAUUGAACUGAAGUCCUGUGGAAUCAUCCAGAUAGGCUGGGCCACAAGGGACUGUGAGUUUGGGCCUGAGAAAGGUAUUGGGGUUGGUGACAAUGUACAGUCCUGUGCAUUCGAUGGUGCCAGGUGUAAAGUUUGGAGGGGUCCAAUCACAGAGCAGAAGGAUAAUGAGUAUGGAACAGAAUGGCAUUCUGCAGACAUUGUCAGUUGCCUCUUGUACAGCAAUGGAAAUGUAUGCUUCUGGCUUAACGGUGUCAAUAUGGGAAUAGCUUAUAGAGGUUUGGACAUGGCCCAGGAAUGGUACCCUGCAGCCUCCCUGUCCACUGAGCAGCAGAUUCUCUUCAACUUUGGUAUCCAGCCAUUCAGAUUUUGUCCACCAGACGGCUUUCUACCUGUGUCAGAGGUCGUCUUGCACAAGUCCAGUGCCUCCCACAUUAUCCCUGCUCCCACUGUGAAGGGUGCACAAAAGAGGCACAAGCGGAAACUUUAUUCAAGGAGGAAGCCUUUCAGCCCCAGAAUCUCCAAGGAGAACGGAGGCCUUGCAUUUGACUACCGUCCACAGGCUGUGCAGUGGUGGGUGCCGCUAAACGGGAUUGCGGAGGAGAUCGAUGGAUCCGAGGAGGAGUCAAUAGAGGAUAGUACAGAGGAUUCUAUCUUUGAUCACCAGACCUUAGACCUGGAGGGAGGGGGAGACCCAGAAACUCCACGGGUCCAAAACCUGUGGCUAUACUAUGAGAUCACUGUCUCUGGUCGACAGGAAAGAACAGAGGACCUGGAGUUUGGGUUCAGCACCAUGGACAGGAAAGCUAAGGUGUUUGCAGUGCUGUCCCCACAUGGUUCUCUCUUCCUGCCCAGUGGUCACAAAAUCCAGCUGCAGGAGGAUGACUUCUCAGUGUUGCUGACUCUGGGGUGUGGCUUGACUGAUAACAGCACUGUGGUCUUCAUGCUGAACAGCCGGGCACUUGAGCCAGAACAUCCCUUUGAAGAGGAGAUGGAACAUGAUCCCAAGCUGCCCUACACCAGCUGUCCUCACCUCGACAUGAACGUGGGUCAGCGCAGGUUCCUGUACCAGCCUGGCAGCCUGCAGGUCCACCGGCUAAACCAGGCGGCGCUGCUGCACGACUGGCACCAGCAGCGGAUGGAGGGCUUCCAGGUGCAUGGGGAGACACCCCCGCAGACAGACCUCUGAUUCCUCAUCUGGGGUUUCUCGCGUUAUCUGACAUUUGACAGAACUUGUUGUCCUACUUCUGACCAUUCUGACAAACAUGAUGGGCACUAAGUCACACAUUCCAAUGCAGAGAAAAUAAAAAUCUGAUUAAACUAUGCUAUGAUAUUAAACAAAAAGCUAACAUAAGCUAUGUCGAAGGCCAAGAAACAUGAAUGUUCUAUGCAGCAGUCACCUGCUGUUGUACGAUUAUUGUAUUCUUGAAAGGUCAAAAACUUCUCACAUGUUGACUUUUUUGGUGCCUAUUCAUUACCUGCCACAAAUAUGCUGGGCAGUCUUUUGAAGUCUGUUCUGUGUGACACUGUUGUUGCUUUCUCAUUUUGGAUUCAAAAUCCUUAAGAUAUAUGUAAUGUUUUUGUGUUACAUAUUUGAAAUUUUCAAAAAGUUUGAAGUUUUGGUUCCAAUUUGUACAUGUGUGUAUUAAGAUUAUUUUUGUUUGACAUUUUAUGUGUUUAUAAUGAAUAGGAAUGAGUAAACAAAUUACUGGUAUACAGGAGCAUUAUUGUAUGUAUUUCAGGACAUUGAGUGAAGUUUAUAAUCAGGUGACAUAGAUGUAAAGAAAGAAAGACUUACUCAGUGCUUUCCUGCUACACCUCAAGUGACUGUGCCACCAUGAUUGUAUAGAUAGGAAUCAAUAUCUUUCAAAUUAUGCUGCUAGCAAAGAUUUAUCUUACAACUACGGAAGCAAAUUUUGGAAGACUCAGACAGGUGAAAAAUAAAUGUGCACAUUUCGAUUUACUGUAUACUGAAUCUUUAUACCGUGUAACUAGAGUGUACGAACUAUUUCUGGGAGCAAACAACUGACUUCCACCACUGCCAAAGAAUUUGUACAUUUAAUGUUCUAAGUUGUAUACAGCACACACUUACUCUGGAUAGAUCUGCUAGCCUGGCUGUCUGCUCAGGGUCACAUCUGUUCUACUUACACCACCGCAGACAUAAGUAUAAACCUAAGUAGGAUCAGAUAUAUUUUAAGAAAGGUAAAUGUGGUUAAUAGACCAAAGUUCUAAUGGCACUUUUGUACUCUGUGACAAUUUUCCUCACAAAUGUAAUGGCAGAUUGAACAAUAUAUGCUGCAAAUGUUGUUCUUUUUCUACUGAAGUGUGUUGUAAACUGUGACUGCUGCUAUUUGUGUCUCAAUUGUUAGAAUUACAUUAUUUUGUUCCUAUCCUCAAAGAUCUUUCUUACUUUAUGUGACUGAGGGUGUGAAAUACAAGUGAAUAACUAGAAUAAAGGCAUAGAAGCAGUGUUAGCUGCUAGGAUGUCGUUACACUUGUACUUGAAAAAGAAGAAUAUUGUUUUGCAUAUGA